AUGAGGACGGAAACUGUAUUCAAUCUGCUCUGCGCUUUGGUCGUGGCGACCUAUGGCGCGCCAAAUCCAAACCCAAAAACCAUCUCGUACGUAUUUCCUGGACGAAAUACUGGAAAGAUUGUCGGUGGUGUGGAGGCUGAUAGGCACGAGUUUAAAUUUUUGGUCGACAUACGCCAAGUCGAUCACAAAUGCGCAGGCUCAAUCGUUAGUCCAGAAUGGGUCGUUACGGCAGCCCACUGUUCUCAAAAUAUAUGGGCCGGCUACACACUCGUCGCUGGGGAUCACAAUAUUAAUGAGGUUGAAGGAAACGAACAAACUAGCCAAGUUACGAAGAUUGUAAUUCAUCCAAAUUAUGGUUAUGUAUCUGGGAAGUUUCUCCAAAAUGAUAUCGCAUUGAGAAAGGUGUCACCUCCAUUCGAAUUUAAUGAAUAUGUCCAGGCCAUCGCUAUUCCAGACACAAACUUUGCACCAACUUCUUUUGCCACCGUUACUGGUUGGGGGGGUCUAUCCGAGGUUGGUGCACCUUCAUCUAAUUUGAUGAAGAUCGAUGUCCCUCGCGUAGAUGACGACACCUGCAACACCAUUUACAACAACACCAUAGUCCCAUCGAUGAUUUGCUAUGGCGAAGAUGUUAGAGAUACUUGGUUUGGAGAUUUAGGUGGCCCCAUCCUUUGUGGUGAUAACCAAACUUUGUGCGGUAUAGCGUCUUGGAGACAUGGUUUCGCACAACUAAAUUACCCCGGCGUUUACGUCGAGCCCUCAUAUUUCGGUGAAUGGAUUCGUGGAACAAUUGCCCCAGUUGAUGAAAACCCAAGCCCAGUGGUGUCGAUUACUACCUGUGGUGGCCGCAUCGACGCAUCGUCCGGCGAAAUCAAAUUCCAACUUGGCGCGUCCAUUCGUGCUAAUCAGAAAUGUGUCUGGGUGGUCAAGGCUACAUAUGAGUCAGUCCGAUUCCGGCUUUCAGGCCUAAGCAAAAAGGAUGGACUUUAUUUGACCAAUUUUAACAGUUCUGGACCUGUCACACACCAGCGAAUGUAA